GUGCGGUCCCGGUCCGCCUAGUAGACGCCUCCGCCGCUUUCUCUUCAGUGGCGUGGUCUUUGUCGCCAACUGUCUUUCCCCACUCACUCCAAGUUUUUGGAUCCCGUUAGAUCAGUCAACAUGGGCAAAAAGGAGGAAGAGGACAUUAUCAGAAUUGCGAAGAAGAUGGAUAAAAUGGCGCAGAAAAAAAACGGGGCUGGGGCUUUGGACCUACUGAAGGAGCUACGCAGUGUCCCCAUGACUCUGGAGCUGCUUCAGUCUACCAGAAUUGGGAUGUCCGUUAACGCCAUCCGCAAGCAGAGCACAGAUGAGGAGGUGACAUCUCUAGCCAAGUCCUUGAUCAAAUCAUGGAAGAAGCUUUUGGAUGAGCCUGGAGGUGGAGAGAAACCUGCAGAUGAGAAGAGGAAAGAGCAAACGACACCUGUUUCUCCCUCAGAGGGAAGCCCAGAGGCAAAAGAAGAAAGCAGCUCCAGCAGUAACUCCAGCAGCAAGAGUGAGCCCACUGAAGUCACACCCAACACGUUAAUCAACACCUUUCCUCGUGCCCCCGGCACCUCCGAUUCUAUCAGGCUCAAGUGCAGAGAGAUGCUGGCCAAUGCUCUGCAGACUGGAGAUGAUUAUAUUGCUAUUGGUGCUGAUUGUGACGAACUUGGAGCACAGAUCGAGGAAUGCAUCUUCCAAGAGUUUAAGAACACAGACAUGAAAUACAAGAACCGUGUGCGGAGCCGGAUUUCAAAUCUGAAGGAUAUGAAGAACCCCAAUUUAAGGAGGACUGUGUUAUGUGGGAGUGUAACCCCUGAGAGGAUGGCGAAGAUGACAGCAGAGGAAAUGGCCAGUGAUGAGCUGAAGGAAAUGAGGAAGAAUUUGACCAAAGAGGCUGUCAGGGACCACCAGAUGGCCACAACUGGAGGCACUCAGACUGAUCUAUUCACUUGUGGCAAGUGCAAGGGGAAGUGCUGCACCUACACACAGGUUCAAACUCGCAGUGCUGAUGAGCCAAUGACCACGUUUGUCUUCUGCAAUCAAUGCGGAAAUAGAUGGAAGUUCUGCUGAAUCUGCAGGCAUCAUCCACGACACUGACAAGUAGCAAAAUUCCUGGACCAGUUUCUGUCUAUCAGCAACAGAUUGGAGCUUUGUAUUUUGGGGUAAAUGGUGCACAACAUGCCAUACAAAGAUGCCACUGCGGUUACCGUUCGAGUAAAUAUCCUGUUCAUAGAUUGAUCUCAUUGUCCGUUCCCCAAUGCCCCCCCCCCUUCCCAGAAUCUUUUACUAUUGUUAUUAGUUGUUUCUCACUGUCAGAUAUAUGCGAUCAAUUAUGUCUCAUUCUCUUUUAUCUGCAUUUUUUAUAUGUAGUUUUAACACUUUGAAAGAUGUUGUUUUGCUUUCCCCUCACAACAUUGCAUUGUUUUAUUUAAUUUCCCAAUAAAAUGUAAUCCAUUUGAUUAAAUAGAAGUGCUUUUCAUUAGUUCUCAUUAGUCUCUUACAGUGUGAUGUGCCUUCAGUCUCCUCUGGCUGUGUGAAUCUUUAACAUUAUACUAAUGCAAUCAAGGAUCUGAAAGGACAAAGGUGUGUGUGUGUGUGUGUGCGUGCGUGCGUGCGUGCGUGCGUGUGUGUGUCGAGGAGUAUACAUUUGUUAUUGGUGGAAUAUUCAUCACAUCAAAGUGAAUGCAGAUGUAUGCAUAUCAAUCUGUCUAGGGAAAGGAUAAUGUCAGUGGCUGAACCAGGCAAGAUGCACAAUUGUUUUCCUUUCCUCGAGGCUUUUUUUCUUUUUUUCUUUUUUUUUAAUUGCCAGGUGCAACCACUCUGUGCUCGUGAGCUGUUGUGCUACCUUACCUCAACACAAACUGAACCCAGACCAGUGACACAAGAGUAACUGGGUUUAAUCAUUGAAUUUUAGGAAGGCUACAUGGCCAAAACCUCACUUAAUAUCUACUAAUUCAAUUUGAUAUGGAGAUUGUGUGUACAACAUGUAUUUCCAUGUCUACUCUUGGUGAUAAGUGCCUCAGUACAUGGUCUAUUAUCUAACAAGGGUCAGCUUCUUAUUAAUUAGUAAGUUGUACCUCCUUCAAACAACACGAAUCACAUCGACCCAUCUCAUGAAACACAUAAUUUCUUUAUCUGGAUUCACCUUAUCAGCCUGUUUGAUGGCAAAAGCUCCUGUAACAAACAUCAUCCUGUAAUGUGGAGGUUCUCAUGAGGUUGCAAAAAUUAUUACCAUGAUACGAAGCAACAGUGCAAGAAGGGAGCAUCAGUCUUUGCUUGAACUGCACAAAACUCAAAAACGUACAGUAUGCAACCUGUGCUUAUGUAGAUUAAUUCACUUGAACCCUUGUGGUUCAUUGGCAUUAGCUUCACAUCUGAGAGACCCCACUGAUAUAUGUGUAAAAAUGAUUGAACAUUCAAACAGUUUUUUCUUUUGAAUAUAUUCUCUUCAUAUGACCCUAUUUAAGCCCAGUAUGUACAAAAGUAUUGAUGGUACGGUAACCCUCAAUGUUCUCAAGUGACCGACAGCAUUGUUAUUAUAUCAAAUAAGGAAAACUCCAAUAACACAAAUCCUAAUGGACUAAUUUGGGCAGACUUUAGCAGACUUCUGAAACAUGUCGAAUCAUGGUUAUAAGCAACUAUCAUGAAAUUAUCAAAAGUCUUGAAGUACCAAUGUGAUAGACAUAAUGUAGAGAGGUGGGAAUCACUGCUGUCAUCAUCAUAUAGACAAUGUAUUUUCCAGUGUUUUUCUGAAAUAUCUUGUACUGCUACUUUUCAAUAAAUUUUUACAAUCUCCA